UCACUACUUGGUAGUGUAGUCCAUUAUUUAACUAUCCCUUCUUUUGCAAUAUAUCUUUGCUUUUACUCAUUUUCACACGAUAGAAAUAGGGAGGUUCAACUCUCAGUCACUCUUUUCCUUGUUAUUCUUUAAAGGUCUUUGAAGUUCAAGAAAAAAUGGCAAAGGUAUUUGGAAUUUUUGCAUGUUUAGUAAUUGUGGCUUUAGAUGCUGUAGCUGGACUUCUUGGAAUUAAAGCCGAAGGAGCUCAAAACCAGGAAAAACACAUGAAACUAUGGUUGUUCGAGUGUAAAGAGCCAAGCCAUGAUGCAUUUAUAUUAGGUUUAGCUGCAGCAGGUCUUUUAGGAGCAGCUCAUAUUCUUGCCAACCUCGUCGGAGGGUGCAGCCUCUACUGUACUAGCGAUGAGAUUCAGAAAGCACCCCCAAGCAGACAAUUAUCACUCGCUUGUCUUCUUUUCACUUGGAUUAUACUGGCAGGAGGAAUGGGAAUGCUAGUGAUUGGGACAAUGGCAAACAACAGGUCGAGAGCUUCCUGUGGGUUCGGUCAUCGUCAUUUUUUCUCAAUUGGUGGAAUUUUGUGUUUCGUACAUGCCAUUUUUUCUGUUGCCUACUACGCCACAUCUACUAUGACUCUUGCAUAGUCCAAUACCAUGCACUUAUUCCUCUCGGCGGCAAACUCAGGAUUUUACUUCUAUGGUUCAAGACUCUGUUUUAACUACCAAAAGCAUCACCUUUUUAUGUUAUGGGUUCACAGUUCAGUAUUUUCAGCAAUAUAAUUCCAGUGGAUUUGACACACGAAAAUCAAAGUCUAGGUUAAAAGUUAUGGAUUCAAAUAAACCUAGAUCAGUAGUUUUAGAUCCAUCCCUGCUUCCUCUUGUUUUCUCCUCAUAAUUUCUUGCUAUGAAGUAACCUUGUAGUUUACUCUACGAGGUUUUCAAUUUUUCACUUC